UGGCCAUGCCCGGGCUCAGUACCACAUAAUGAAAGCGGCUGGGUGGCAGGGGACAGCAUCUUGUCAGCGUCGGGAGGAGGAGGAGGCUGCACUUACGAGUAUUGAGAAGAUUCUCCACUUCAACACACCUCAAGAUCACCCAAGGACGCACCCUUUCACCCCCACAGGCGCCCCCCUCCAGCUGCGAGGGACAUAAUUGCUUUUCUCCACACCGACCUCGGGAGCGACAACUGGAUCUGGACGUCCUUCCGGGUGUAAGGACAAUGUCACAUGGGCCAAUUUUCCCUCAAGGCUGGGCUUAAGGCCUUAUCUGCCCUCUUGUUGCUUUUGCGCGGCCGGAAUGGAGAUACAUCUGCUACGUAUAUACAUUCUGAAUUAUUUCCUAUUUCUGUGUGUGUGUGUGUGUGUGUGUGGGGUGAUGUUUGUGUACGGUGACACACACGCAGAGCUGAGUGAUGAACUUUGGCAGGGAGGUGGCCCGGCAGACAAGUUGUUAUACUUACGUGAUAAAAGAUGAGGAUCCAGCCCUGGCGCAUCUAAAUAUAUUUGAGUUGGCCGAGAAGGGUGACCAGGCUCUGCUGGAGAGCCUGGUGAGCAAUAGCCCUGAGGUCCUAAAUGGGAAAGAUGAAUUCGGAGCCGGCCCCGUUCAUCACGCCGCCGCGGGGGGCCACGUCGCUCUCAUCCAGUUCAUCACCAGCGUGCUGGGCCCCGAGGCCCUGAACAGCUGCGACGAGCGCGGCGAGGUGCCCCUCCACUGGGCCGUGGACAAGAACCGGGAGGAGAGCUGCAGCGUUCUGCUGGACCUGGGGGCCGACCCCAACGUCCUCAACGCGGCGGUGCUGUCACCCCUGCACCUGGCCAUCAGCCAGGGGCACAACAGGCUGGUGGAGCUGCUGCUCUCGUACGGCACGGUGGACUACAACCAGCCCGGAGACCUUGGCAACACCCCGCUCAUGAUGGCCUGCUCGCUCAAUAACUGCGACGCUCUCAACUUGUUGAUAAAGCACGGAGCGCGUCUGUGCCAGCAGAACAAGCUGGGACACUUCGGGGUGCACGCGGCUGCAUUCGCGGGCGCAAAAAAGGCCUUGGAAAUCAUCCUGAAGGCCGGGGAGGAGCUGGGCUACUUGGGUGAAAACCACAUAAACUAUCUGGACAAAUCCAAUAGCACGCCUCUGCAUCUGGCCGUGCGGGGCGGCAACACAGACACCAUUCGAUUCUGCAUCGCCAAGGGGGCCAAAAUUGACCAGAAACAGCAUGACAAGUCGACGCCGCUGCACUUGGCGUGUACCCAGGGUGCCCUCGAGGUGGUCAAAAUGAUGCUGUGCUCUCACGGCCAAGUGGAGGACAUCAUUAACCUCAAGGAUGGAGCUCAUCAGACGCCGCUGCACAAGGCGACAAUAUUUGACCACGUGGACUUGGCCGACUACCUUAUAUCUUUGGGUGCGGAGGUCAACGCCGUGGACUGUAAGGGCAACCCGCCCUUGCUACUGGCAACUAGUUGCGGCGCGUGGAGAACCGUGGCACUGCUCCUGUCCAAAGGGGCCAAUGUAAACCUAAAGGACAGGCUUGGCUGCAACUUCCUUCACCAGGCCAUCUUGCAGCCCAAGGGGCUGAAGAAUCUGCCGGAAGAUGUUCUGCAGCGUAGCAACGUGAAGGCGUUGCUGAGCUGCGAGGACAACGAGGGCUGUACGCCGCUGCACUACGCGUGCCGACUGGGUAUCCACGACUCGGUGCGCAACAUGCUGGGCCUCUCGGGCCAGCUGGGCUUGGCGUGCAAGUCCAAGGACAAGAAGUCUGCCCUACACUUUGCCGCUCAGUACGGCCGUAUCAAUACGUGUCACCGACUGCUGGAGACCAUCACGGACUCCCGCUUGCUCAACGAAGGCGACGGGCGGGGCCUGACGCCGCUUCACUUGGCGUCAAGAGGGGGGCACACGCAGGUGGUGGGGCUACUGCUGCGUAAAGGGGCUCUUUUUCACAGCGAUUACAAGGGCUGGACCUGUCUGCAUCAUGCAGCCUUUGAGGGAUACACACAAACUAUGGACAUUCUGUUAUCGGCCAAUUUGAAACUGCUGGAUAAAACAGAUGAAGAUGGGAACAGCGCCCUCCACGUGGCAGCGAGGAUGGGCCACGUGGCGGCGGCCAUGCUCAUGGUGAACCGAGGGGCGGAGUUCGUGUUGAACAAGAGCGACACGUCAUUCCUACACGAAGCACUGCAGAACGGGAAGCACGCUGUGGUCAACGCCGUCAUUGACAGCGAGAGGUGCGUGGAGGCGUUGACCACGUUUGAAGUCGGUGGAUCCCAGCGAUGCCCCAUCAUGGACAUGAUUGAAUACCUGCCAGAGACCUACAAGCACCUGUUGGACUGCAGCGUGAGGGAGUCGGAGGAUGAUCACAACUGCCCUGCCUACCACAUUGAAUACGAUUUCAGGUGGCUGCAAGCUCCCCUCGAAAUGCAGAAGAAAGGGGAUAAGGGGACCCGGGUUCAGCCGCUAGCCGCGCUCAAUGCGAUGGUGAAAUACAACCGCCUCGGGCUUCUCAACCAUCCCAUCUGCAAAAAGUACCUGUCCAUGAAGUGGGUGGCGUACGGGAGCAAGGCGCAUAUUCUCAACAUGUUCAUGUACCUGCUGGGCCUGCUGCCGCUGACUCACCUCAUUGUGGCCCUGAGGCCCACCAUGAACAUCACGGAAACGGGCGAGCACAAGAUCCCCAUGGUCCCCGUAUCGUUCGUGGAGCAAAGUGUGUUCCUGUCCUUCUGUAUGGUGAUGGUCCUGGUCAUGAGCGUCUACUCCAUAGUGAAAGAAGUGCUCCAGAUGAUACAACAGCGUUGGAACUACUUAAAAGAUUAUUCCAACCAAGCCGACUGGUUCUCGGCCGUCACCUCGCUUCUCUUUAUCAUCCCACUCAUGCUCAAUGCGUCGGGCUCGUGGUAUUGGCAAGCGGGAGCGAUGGCGGUCCUCAACUCCUGGUUCGGAUUCCUCCUGUAUCUCCAGAGGUUCGAGGGGAUCGGCAUCUAUGUGGUGAUGUUUGGGGAGAUCUGCAGGACGCUCUACCGCAUCGUGCUGCUGUUCUUCUUCCUCCUGCUGGCGUUUGCGUUGACGUUCCACGCUCUGCUACUCAACCAGAGAGAGUUCGAAAACGUGCCACUGUCUAUGAUGCAAACAUUUGUGAUGAUGGUGGGCGAACUCAAUUACCAGAACAACUUCCUGGAUGCGUAUCUGAAAGGCGAGCUUCCGUUCAGCGGGUUGACAUGCCUCACUUUCGUCUCCUUUGUUCUCAUCAUGCCCAUUGUUCUCGUAAACUUGCUGAUUGGUUUAGCAGUCGGAGACAUCGCAGAAGUGCAAAGAAAUGCUGCCAUGAAAAGAAUAGCCAUGCAGAUUGAUCUCCACACCGCCCUGGAAGACAAGCUGCCCUACUGGUUCAUCAAAAGAGCAGACAAACCCUCUGUCGUCAUCUACCCUAACCGCAAGUGCUCCAAGAUAUUUGGAGACAGGAUGACGGCCAACGACGAGUGGAAGCGAACGCUGGUGGCUUCGCAAAGCUGCUCCACGCUGGAAGUUGAGCUCAAAAAGCAGAAGUGCAGGCUGAAGGAGAUGGCCAGCGUGCUGGAGAAGCAGCACAACCUCCUCAAGCUCAUCAUCCAGAAGAUGGACAUUACCUCCGAGGCGGACGAGUACGACGGUCCGCUCAACGUUCGAGGCGCCACGUGGAAGCGAGUGUGCCUGCCCAAGCGCACCACCACCAGCAGCGCCGGCGUGUCCCGCUGGGUGCCGCUCAUGAAGGCCAUCGAGUCCAAGCGCAAAUGAGGCAGACAUAUUUCGAAAAGUAUAACACCCAGUAGGAACCAAAACUCAAUCCAUGUUGCCUUAUGUUGCUUAUCAGGUUUACAAUAGGAUUAAUUUUUCUCAAGCUGCUGCUGCGCCUGGCCUGUAAAGUCCUUAAAAACUGCUGUCCCAGAUCGUCCCACGCACUUUCAUGUAGGAAAGUGGAGUAACACACCACAGCAUCAGAAUCAGAAUCAGAAUCAGAAUCAUCUUUAUUUGCCAAGUAUGUCCAAAACACACAAGGAAUUUGUCUCCGGUAGUUGGAGCCGCUCUAGUACAACAGACAGUCAAUUUACAGAACACUUUGGAGACAUAAAGACAUUAACAAAAAACAACAACAAACAACAAUUGUGCAAAAAGAUGCAGAGUCCUCAGUUCGAAUGGCUAAUAUCGCAAUAGUCCGGUGCAAUGACCAUUGUGCAAAGGGCACUGAGACUUCAAGGAGUGUAUGCGGUUUAAAGUGACGAGUACUGCGAUAAUCUGGGACAAUGGUUGUGCAAAUGUUACAGAUACUCCUCAAUCAGUGUGCAAAUGGAGCAGAUGCUACUCUGGCAUGAGUGGCCACUAUAUGCAAAUAGUGCAGCACGGCGAGACAACUACAGUGAGUGCACGAGUAAUACAUAAUACAGAAAUGUGACAACGAACUCAAGUCAAAAAAUUGCCAGCUUGUUGUAAUGGAAUUGUAAGUUAGCUGUUCAAGAAGUUGAUUGCAAGAGGGAAGAAGCUGUUGGAAUGUCUACUAGUUCUAGUUUGCAUCCCGGCAGAAUUGGCGGACCCCUUAGUCGCCUGCACGUACCCUCCCAAAAACAUACAAAUAUCAAAACAAUGAUGUUAAUAGUGGAUAAAACCUAAAAUCAUAUUCAGUCAUGCAAGCCUCUAAAUGAAACCAGACAGAGUUGGCGCUCCCCCCUCUCCGCUGCACACAUCCUCAAAAAAUACAAAAAUUGGUAUGUCAAAACAAAGAUUUAUAAUCAAUAAAUGUUUCAAGGUGAGUCAUGUAAACCUGUAAAUGAAAGCCAGUCACCUCUAGAAAUAGGCGGUGCACCGCCUCUACCCUGGCACCCACCCUCAAAGAAUCGUAUUCAGUUUUGCCACCCUGCAAAUAAGCUGACGCACUGGUUGGCGCACCACAUCUCUCCUGCAGGCGCACUAAAAAAAAUGUGCAAAUGUUCAUAACAUGUUUCAUCAAGCAAGCCUGCAAUUUAGACUGAAACACCCUCCAAAUUAGUUAUAUAUAUUAUAUUAUUAUAUAUAUUAUAUAUACACACACAGAGAGACACUACUACUGUAAGUGACUCAGUAAGAUGCUGUAAUAUUAGUCAUUUUUUGUAGAGAAAGAAUACAGACUAUGACUGUGAGUAUUGUUAUAUUGUCUGUCUACAUAUGUUGCUACACAUUUGUUUUCAAAAAUCUGUUGCUUUUAAAAUCGCGACUAUCGAUACUAAUGUCAGCACGUCAAUGGCGUUAUGCGCUGCUUGUUAGCAUUAUGCUAGGUUGGCUUUUCUAACGUGCAAUGGUCUUUGUUUUACGUUUAAUUUGACAGUGAACUUAACCCGGGAGUGGCAUGAAUCCUCUUCGUUGAUGAAUUGUUCAAUAUUUGUCAAACUGCUGCUGAUUGUGAAAACUCGUAAUCGGGUCAGUCAUAUCUCAAGGCACCACCUGUAUGUGCUGUGUAAUACAACUAUGUAACCACACUUUGUUGUGAUCGCUAUGAUUAAAUGUUUCACACUA